CCCUGUAGAAGUGUGAAAGGAUGGAUGAUGUAGACAGCAGAGAGCUAGACCAGAGAAAGACCCUGCCGACUCACAGUGUGCUCAAAAGUGCAGACGAGAAUGAUGAGUUUGAAAAGCAGCGGACAGCAGCCAUUGCUGAGGUGGCCAAGAACAAAGAGGGUCCCCGCACGUUUGGUGGUGGAGGAAAUGCAGGCAGUAAUUUAUCCAAUGCUGCUUCCUCCUUUCGGGGCAGAGACUCAUACCAGCAGAGGAGACGAGAAGACAGGGUCGAAAGACCUGAAAGCAGACAAGAUGGAAACUAUCGAGAGCUGGUGGAUGAACGUGCUCUGAGAGACAUCAUGGAGAUGGGCUUUAACCGGGAGGCUGCUCGGCAGGCUCUAAUGGAUAAUAACAACAACCUUGAAGUGGCACUAAACAGCCUACUGACUGGAUCUACUGGUAGCAGACCUGGCCCUGGCCCUGUUGUAGCAGAAUCUAACAGGCACCAACCCAGAGCCAGAGGAAGGGGAAGAGGCAGGUCAAGAAAUGAAGAUGAGGAGGAGGGAGCCGGGGGAAGGCCAUCUGGACCAAGCACUCUGUUUGACUUUCUGGAAUCCAAGAUGGGAGUUUUCUCCAUUGAUGAGCCAAAGAGUCAGGCACCUCAGAGACAUCGUGAGAGUAAAGGGAAUUUCUCCAACUCAGACUAUUACUCCAAAGACACAUCUCAGAUCAAGUUGUCCUCGCAUAAUGACCAUAGGCAACAAAGGAAUGACAGACCACCUCGCUUCCACAGGGACACUGAUUUUCCCAAACCUGGCCAAGAGCCUCUGUCUAACUGUGGAACUUCCCAAUCCUCAUCAGCUCACGCUCCGCAGUGGAAGGGCCAGGAGAGAUGGUCACGAGGCACACCAGACAGACCGCAAAAUGACCGGAGAGAGAUGCGAGAUGAGCAGAUUUUUCCUUCAUCUUUCACGACUACCUUCCCACGUCCAAAAGAACCUCAGCAGCAGAUGGAGUUUAGUGGAUCUUUCCACCAACGAUCCAGAAAUGGAGAUGGUGGUGGUAACAUGGCAGGACCGUCUCACAGGAGAGGGGGAAAAGACAAUGUACCCACAUCUAAACUGACUGAUUCUGCAGGGAGUGAGCUAGAUGUAAAGGGAAAUAAACACACAGAUAGAAAUGAAGAACCCAACAGCAGGAGGAAAGCGAAGACUGACAGGCAGAACUCGGACCACCUUGACCGGCAAAGGGAUGGUGGGCCACCAAACUUUGGUAACUCGAGGGGAAGCUCAGGGACGUCCCAAGAAGUUGGGUUAUCACGGGAUUGUCGAAUCAUGACAGGGGAUACUUCUCAUUUCCAAAAUGGAGAUAUGGAACACAAAAGAACUGGGCCAAUCAAGCCAACAAACUCAUUGUGUCCCCCAUACAAGGAGCCGCCGGGGAAGAAAAACAUUUCUAAUAACCCAGGACCUAAAAGAAGGUCUGGUCAAGGCAAAGGUCAAGGGCCUCGAGGACCAGAGAAAUGUCAUUUUGUGGAACAGGCUUGGAAACCUGGAGACCAGUGCCUGGCACUGUACUGGGAAGAUAGCAAGUUCUACCAUGCCAGAAUAGAUGCGGUGCAUCCGUCAGGCUCCACGGCUGUGGUUGUAUUUAGCGAUUAUGGAAACUGCGAAGAGGUCCUGCUGCAUAACAUCAAACCUGUUACUGCUGAUGCAAUGUAACAUCACAACCAUAUCAAAUGUGCAAUGGCAGGAGGAAGAUGAUGGUUACUACGACAGUUCACUAGAGUUUCGCCGUGGGGGAGAUGGACAGCCUAGACGCACGAGACCCACACAGCAGUAUUACCAGCCACCCAGGGCACGAGAUUGAUGUGUCUGCGUUUACACUCGCAGGUAAAUAAAUAUGCAAUUGGGUUUUUUCCAUUAAUAAUUGAACAUCAAACACCAGUGUAUGUACACUGUGUGAACAAGGUACCUAUUUUUGUAUGGAAAAUUUUUAUUCACACCCCUCUUUCAUUGUGGUGGGAGUCUUGAAUUAUAUAAUGUGAAAGUAUAGACUGUACAAAAGUCAUUUGUAGGCAUCUCUGUAACCGUAUCUAAUAGCCAACCACAGCUAAAAAGACAAACAAACACAUGCUGUCAUCUUUAUGUGGAAAUUCAUUUUAUAUAAUUAUUUAAACUUUCCACUGCUUCUGCUGUUGCAAUGGGUUGUAUAUUUCACAAGGUCUGGAGCAAUUGUGAUGUUAUAAGAUGCCCAGAUGCCAUCAAAUUGCAAACAUGGUUAAUUUUGUCAACUGGAUUUUAGCAAAUUUCUUUUCCUACAUCCAUCCGUGUGCUUGUCCCAUAUUCUUCCUUGACAAAGAUUGUCACUUUCUGCAACAAUCCAGAGUGCUUCCUGAAUUUUUAAGUCCAUGUCGUUAGGACAUACAAAAACUUUUCAAAGGGCUGGAUAUCAUGCAAAAAUAAAAUAAAAAACUGACAUGAGCACCUGUUGAUUUUGUUAAAGACAUAUCUGCUGUAUAUAUGUUGUGAAGAUUUGUUAAAUGGAUGCAUUCAAAUAAACUGUUAUUAUAGUAUGUAGCGCA